AUGAAGUUUGAAGAACUUCUCUCUGAGAUUGAUGGAUUCGGAAGGUUCCAGAAGAUGGUUCUGAUCAUCAAUUUCCUUGGUCGAUUCAGUCUUGCAUGUCAUUUCCUGUUAGGCAACUUUAUCGCUGUCAUCCCCACUCACCACUGUGACAUCAGCUAUCUGGAUGCUGAGGGAAUCUUUGGGAAUCUGAGUAGGGAGCAGAGACUGACUGUCAGUAUUCCAGCACAGGAAGACGGGACUCCUGCUUCCUGUCACAUGUUCUCCUAUCCUCAGUUUCACCUGCUGUCAAACUCUUCCAGCCAUCCAGAAGUUGCUGUAGUUCAGUGCCAGAAUGGAUGGAAGUAUGAUAACAGCACAUUCAUCAGCACUCUGGCCACACAGUGGGAUCUGGUUUGUGAGAAGAGAGCAAUGAACAAAUUGACAACCACCAUCUUUUUCAUUGGGGUGAUGUUUGGAGCAGCUACUUUCGGAAGUCUGAGUGCAAUAUUUGGCCGUAAGCCGAUGCUGCUGGUGUCAUAUUUAACAGGAACGGGUUUUGGAUUGGUCAGCGCUUUUUCAUCCUCCUUCAUCAUGUUUGCAGUGCUGAGAUUCUUCACUGGAUUCACCAUCACUGGCAUCGUCAUCAUCGCUAGUGUUCUCAAUGUGGAGUGGGUGAGCAUCGAGCAAAGGAAGCUGGUAGGGGUGAUUGACAGCCUGUCCUGGACAUUUGCCAUCAUGUGCUUGUCAUUGAUUGCAUACUGCAUUCGAGACUGGCGAUGGCUGACAGUUGCCAUCUCAUUGCCCAACAUAAUUGCCAUUAUAACUUGGUGGUGGGUUCCAGAGUCAGCUCGAUGGCUGAUAGCCAAUGGAAAGGUGGAUAAAGCUCAUUAUUAUCUUCAUAAAUGUGCAAUUAUGAACCGCAGAAAGGAAGUUACUUUAAGGCUCAAACCUGAGGAUUUAGCUAAAAUCAUAGUCACAGACAGAGGAAACAGAAAGUAUUCAUACCUGGACCUGGUCAGAACUCCUAAGAUGAGGAGACUGGCUCUGCUCACAGGAAUCACCUGGUUUUCUGUUGCCAUUGUUGCCUAUGGAAUUGGCUUCAACAUCUCAGGAUUUGGACUAAAUAUGCACCUCACUCAGUUUGUGUAUGCGGCCAUUGAAGUUCCAGCUAAACUGCUCAUCUAUUAUCUGCUGGAUAUGUUUGGAAGACGCAAAACUCAGGCUGUAUUCAUGCUAUUGGUUGGAAUUGCCCUCACGAUUAACAUAUUCAUACCCAGAGAUAUGACGGUGGUUCGUACUGUGAUAGCAGUGCUGGGAAAGGGCUUUUCAGCCACAUGUUUUGGCACAAUCAUUUUGUACAGCUCUGAGCUUUACCCCACUGUUCUCAGGCAAAAUGGGAUGGGUUACAACUCUUUCCUGGCACGUCUGGGUGUGUCUCUGGCUCCUCUGAUCCUGCUUUUGGACGAUAUAUGGAGUCAUCUCUCUCAAGUCAUCCUGUCUUCUAUUGCACUCUGUGCUGCUCUUGUGGCUUAUCAGCUACCCGAGACACGAGGCAGGUGUCUACCUGAGACUAUAGAAGAUAUCGAGGGAAUCAGGAAGGACCCUAAUGGCUCAUUACUUCAACAUCUAAAAACAGAGGAAAAUGUGGAAGUGGGAUGAUAUGGGUACAAAAAUAAAAUGUUUUUUAUGCUGUACCACAUUGAUUUACAACUUUAAACAUUUGAGUGUUAUGUAAUUUGAUUUUGUAGGAUAAGUAACAAUAGUAGAGCUGUGUUGAUCUACAAUAUAACCCCAACUCCACAUUUAAGUGUAACAACUGACAUUUUGCUCACUGUGUUGUUGAUGUUUUAAUCAGAAAUGUACAGGCCCACUAAACCAAAAGCAGACCGUUUUCACAGGUCUAAUGUAUAUGCAGGAAUUCAUUUCUUUGUAUGUAUCUACUGUUUGGCUAACAUAGUGGCAGAGCUGUGCCCUUUUUAAUUUUUCCCAAAUCUGAUUGAGUACUAUUGUGCGCUGGAUACACAACUUGGCAAUUUCGGCGACAAUAUACUUAAUCACAUCUGCAUUUCGGCAGAUGCCAUCAAUCUGACGUAGCACAUUUUCAUCAGCCCAAAUAUUCAGAAGAGCCCUGAUUUCUUCCACUGACCAGUACUGACUAUUCUCCAUUUUUCCAUUGAUCUACUGAGGUAAGCUGGUAGCUAGAUAUGAAAAAUUGGGAAAUGAGUAUCUUAGUACUGACCCUCUGGCCUGACUCAGCUAAACUCUGCCUUUGAAUUUGACCCCACCUUAACUCCCAGCUGACCUUGUUUGGCCCAAGGGUAAUCGCGGGCCAAAGGCCAAUGGCCCUAAAGAGGCACGAUGAAGUCCCGGAAGUGACAGAGGAAAUGCAACUUGCCCUGGCACACACUACCAUGCCCUCAUUUGGCCCAAUUGUGUAAGUAAAUUAUAGAGUAAAUUAAUAGGUACUUAAUUAAUCUAGUUAUGUUUAUAUGCUUAUAAUAUAGCGGCCUAAUAUUUAUAGCCCAAUAUUUGUAGCCCAAGUAAUUUCAUAUACACAAACAUUCUAAAACAUCAAACACACUAUGUGAAUAAAAUGGAUUAUUGUGAUUGGACAGCUAAUAAUUAACAUUAGAAUAAUGCAGCCUCUGAUUUACGGUCCUUUACGCAAACCUGGAGAUAUUAACAUGAUUCGACAAUAGAGAUCACUGUUGCCCAAAACACUGCAAAUGUACAGUUCUGUCCUUCUAAUUGGUAAUUUGUACUCAUGACAGAAAAGAUCUCAUGACCCAGCAAACAAUGAUCCAGUAGGUCGCGACCAAUGGCGUAGAUUUGGUUUGAACACUGAGGGGGACCAAAUGUGGGUCCAGCAGUCAGGAGAGGGGAAAUAAGAUUAAUAAAUAAAAUAUAUUCAAUGUAACGAUGCCGCGGUGUGUUUUUGACAGUUAAUAACUUUCUUUCAAUUGGAUAACUGAUUUUACAAUUAUUUGCAUAUUUGCUUAUUAUGCAACAGCACUGAUGCAAAAAAUGCAUAUCACAUAACAAUUGUCUAAACGUCUAAGUGGACAUAAUUCUGGGGGAUAUGUGGAUGCUAAGGGAAGCCCUAAAAUAAGAAAACUGAUAAAUACACACACACAAAAUCAUAAAAAUAAGAGGUAAUAAGAGACGCUCCAAUAUAGGGCACAACACAGCUUAUGCGCAUCCAAAGCUCAGCGAUGUGCUUAAGUGCAACCUGAGUGCUUUAAAAGUGUGUAAAUGUAAGAUUAUUGUGGGUGCACAACAUGUAGUUCACGGCAUUAAACAGUUUUUUCUUCUGCAUCAGUUUAUUAAAGCAACCCCAACAUAAAGAAUCGGCAACAGUCUCCAUAAAAAUACUGUCCACAACACCUUACAAAUAAACCUUUAUACUAUGCAUGAUAAUGGGAACGUUGCUUACAGCAGGCAAUUUAAAGUCUAAUCUUGACUAAAAUGGACAUUUAUUGUUGAAUUAAUUUGUACAAAAGCAAUGCUUUAAAUAAUGAGGAUGAUUUAAGAUGCAUCUUUUCAAAUUUUCUUGCUGAUAGUAACUACACACAACUGCACACUUAAAUAUAACAAAAGUGGCAUCUUUAAUUCAUCACUUUAAAAUCACCACAGCUAAAAAUAUUAAACUUACUAGUUUGUUGUUAGACGACUAGUGGAGGAUCCUGUCCCAAGUAUGUGUGUCUUUCUAUGACUUCUGUCUGCUUGUUUACAUCUGUCUUCUUCAGUCAGUCAUUUAAAUGCUGCCAAACAGCCAAUUUAAGUCACUUUUUUGGUGGAUAUGAAUCUGGUAGAUCGAAUUCCUCUGUUAUAUUUUGGAAUUUGUGUGUUUAAGCUUCAGUUUCACCUGAAUUGAAAGUCCACGUUCAGUUUGCGACACCUGGCAAUUAAAGCACCAUGCAGCCACCGUCCAUAAACAUAGCAACAGCUCCAGUACUCACACAGAGUUUUCCCAUUUAGGCUUACAAACUUUUACGAAAAACUCUUUGAAAUUAUAUAUUUACACAAUAUAUCUAAAUUUUUGCUAUGUGUAAAUAAAGCAUUUCACGGUUUUUAACCGUGGACUCUAAAUUCUUACAGUUAAAUUAACUGUAUAAUCACGUCAUCCCUAAUUCAAUGCAUACGCUUAAAUGUUUAUACACUGUAUCAUAUCAAACAUUCAGAAAAAGUAUUAGGGUUAAUGUUUCAUAAAAAAUGUACCCUUUCAGAAAAUUACAAUUAUUACCUGCUCAUUUGAAAUGCCUGUCUGCAUUCCUCACCAUGAAAAACAACUGAUAAUUUCUAUGGACACCUUUAACAUCUUCACUGACUCCACAUAUGACUCAUGUGAUAUAUUUCAUGUUUUCUAAAUUCAUACAAAAGUUUUGUGUGGGUAACAGGCCUACAGACCGAAAUAGCACGUUGUCAGCCACAGACUGUCUUGUGAAUGUUUAUCCCUGCAGGGGGCGCUUAACCCUUCAAAUCAGAAUCCUCCAUUCAUCCACAUUUAAAUCUAAGAACGCUAUAUAUUCAUUUGGAGACAUUUUACACAGGAUAGUUAUUUUUUAAUAAAAACUGAUAAUUGCAAGGAUUCAUACCUGUGAAUGAAAAUCCACCUCAGCAUUAUCUAUUAAAGCAUUUUUAAAAAAUCAUCAUCCAGUAAUAAUUCAUGACUGUGAAGCUGUGUCUCACUUCGAAGACUGCUCGCUAGGUAGGAUGCGUCCUUUGAAGGCAGCGGUAUACCGAGUGUCCUCCUUUAAACAAGCCUAGUUUAAACGAGAUGGCCUUCAUAGUACAAACAGAAACAAAACUUAUCAUGUUUGCUAUGACAGCAUGCCACUCUUUAACAAGCGCGAACGCUUUGAGUGAGAAGGGAACAAAGUCCAUCUGGAAGGGAAUGUAUGAGGUAAAUUUUAGUAGAGUUAUAAUGAUGAAGAGAGAAAAGAAAAUAGAUUUUAUUUUAAUGAUAUAUUACUAUAAUUAUACAUAUUAUUUACUCUGCAUCCAUUUACUAAGGUAUGUCAACUUGGGAAUUAACAUUACUUGCGUUUGAACGUCAUAUUUUCGGGCAAAUUGGCGUCAUUUUUUUAGACAUUUCCGUUAAAGCAAAGAAUUGUGGGUUGUGAGUGCCCACGAAGGAUACACCUCAUGCAUCCUCCGAAUUCCUGUGAAAGAAGGUUGCAUUCGAAGGCUGCAUUUGGAGUGUCCUACUCGCUUUUCUGAAAUGAGACAUCGUCGAUGACGUAUGCGGCCGACAAAUGUGACCUCCAGAGGACGCAGCCUUUGAAACGAGACACAACCUGAGUUCAUGCAUCCUGGUCAGCACUGAGAAAAGUAACAGGUACUACAUGACUCCUCCGUAUAGUUGGGCAAUACCAAUUCAUUCAACGGAGGGGGGAUUUCAGUUUUUUUUGUCUCAAUAUGACAGACUCGCAGCCAUGCAACUGCAAAGUAUCUCAAACGAAAUGAUUUUCAACGUUGAUAAAAAUAUAUAUAAACAAGGACAGAUUCAGCAUUGGGGGGUAUGUUUGCCCCCCGUCUCCCCCAAUUGUACGCCAGUGGGCGCGACUCAGUGGUUGAGAAACCCUGUAUUAGUUAAUAUAUUUCACUUCUAUUCCAUUUAAAAUGUCUCACACCUGAGAUCAAUUCCCAGGAUGGAAAUUAUAUGUAUGAUGUUCUACAUGAAAAGGAAUCAUUUGUGCCAGGAAAUGCUUAAGGUUUACAGUGAAGAGCCCCGUUUGUACUGUAGCAAAUUUCUGUUCCGAACACAGUAAUCAAAUCAAAGAAUAAACAGUGAAUAUUUCUGCGUCUAACCCAACAUAAAUCAGGUUUGUCAGAAUGUCUAAAUGUUCAAACAUGAUUUCACCUCAAAUAAAAAAGGCACUUUUAAUUUUGUCAGACAAUAUGCUGUUAUGAGGUUUGCAGAGUUAUUCUAUUGUGAUAUUGCAUUUAUUAGUCUGGGAAGUUGCCCAUAAAAUCAUAACCACAUUUGGCACUGAUUACUACUUUAUCUGCACAAUAGAUUCCCAUGGGAUAAGUUGGGAAAAUAUGUCAUGCAGUGAUUUCAAGGUGCUUCAGUUUGCUGUUUAUUAACCAAUAAUCUGGAAUAAUGCCCAAGUGCUUCUCAAUGUGAUACAAAAUGUAAAAUGUAGUAGCUACAGAAUAUGGACCUUAGGAGAAGGACAUUGACAAACUGAAUUUAGUCCUUUGGGCCUAAUUUAUCAAAAACACACACUUUGUUAAUUGCUAUUUGACAACUUUAUUUUGACACAUAAAAAAAAAAAAACCUCUUAACUGAUUAAAUCCUUUUGAAACAGAAGUUGUGAGAAACACUGAUUUGUGCACAAUAAAGUGUUCGAUAGCACAUUUCUGAAAAGAAUUCUAAUCCCAGAUCAGUGCUGAAUUUAAUGAUUCACUGGAAACAAAAACCCAAUGUCUGUAAAUUUUAUAAAUAUUUCUACUCUUCUUGCUCUGAUUCAAUAAUGCUAUUGGCAUUUUUUGUGCUAGUCUACUGUAUAUGGGGGAAUACAUUUCUUUGUAUGUAUCUUCUGUACUAUACUAUACUAUGCUACUGUAUAUAAGAGCUGCAAUCUUCUGGCAAACAUUUGCGACAAAUCUCAAGCUCAUUUUUAUGUGAAAAUAAUGAGCGGCAAAUUUGCCAGAACUCUAGAUUUCUUGUAAGGGUUAGCAUAAAGCUAAAUGUUCACAUGCCAGUUCACACAAGGUUUAUUUCUAUUUCUGCUGCUCCAAACUUACUUUAAACAUAUUUCUCUGUCUGCUCGUAUAAAUGUUACACAUCUUAAGAAAGUGUUUCACUGCUUUUCAAAUGCUCUUUGGAUUGCAUCAUUUUAUAUGAAUAAAUGUUUUCCAACUGAAUAGACUCAAUAUUAAAUGGAACAAGUAACAAUAAAUUCAAAGUAAUCUCUUUAGUAAUCAACAUACUUUUUGAAUGUAACUGUACUCUGAUUACAAAUGAUUUAAAUUGUAACAGAAGUGGAAUACAGUAACUAAUACUUUUUAUUUUAAAAACAUAAACCCAUUACAUGUA